UUCCCCUUUGAUUAUUUUAAUUUCUGAUUUUUCCUCCCCCCAUUUUUAUUUUCCUCCUUUGUAACAAUUUUAUUACUAAUAAAUACUACUACAUUUUUCAUGACCUUCCUACUGCUACCCUCUUCCUACUCCAAUCAGAUCUGCUCUACAUUUCCUCAAAUUUGCCAAAUUUCAUGAUCUUUCACAAAAAUCUGAGACUUUGAAGUGGAGGUUUAAUCAGUGAUCAUCACCGACGAGAAAAAAAAAAGUAAAAAAAAUAAAUAAAGAAAAUGAGUGAAAGCAGGGUAGGAUUUCAGCUUGGAACAAUUGGGGCUUUGAGUCUCUCAGUUGUUUCUUCUGUUUCUAUUGUUAUAUGCAAUAAAGCCCUUAUGAGUUCUCUGGGUUUUCAUUUUGCUACUACAUUGACAAGCUGGCAUCUGCUUGUUACCUUUUGUUCUCUUCAUAUAGCUUUGAAAAUGAAAUUUUUUGAACACAAAUCAUUUGAACGACAAGCUGUUUUGGGGUUUGGCAUUCUAAAUGGAAUUUCCAUUGGACUACUAAAUCUCAGUUUGGGCUUCAAUUCUGUUGGUUUCUAUCAGAUGACAAAGCUUGCGAUCAUCCCAUGCACUGUAUUUCUGGAAACGGUCUUUUUUAAGAAGAAAUUCAGCCGGAGCAUACAGAGUUCUCUUGCUGUGCUUCUUAUAGGCGUGGGGAUUGCCACUGUUACAGAUCUGCAGCUGAAUGCUCUUGGAUCUUUCUUAUCUUUCCUUGCCGUGGUCACAACCUGUGUAGCACAGAUUAUGACUAAUACCAUCCAGAAGAAGUAUAAAGUCUCUUCAACUCAGCUUUUGUAUCAAUCCAGCCCUUACCAGGCAGCAACAUUGUUGAUCUCCGGGCCAUUUCUAGAUAAUCUUUUGACGAAUCAAAAUGUUUUUGCUUUUAAAUAUACAACACAAGUAGUGAUUUUCAUCGUUCUUUCCUGUUUGAUUUCUGUGUCCGUUAAUUUCAGUACUUUCCUUGUGAUUGGAAAGACAUCCCCUGUCACAUAUCAAGUGCUGGGACAUCUGAAAACAUGCCUUGUUCUGGCAUUUGGCUACAUCUUGCUUCAUGAUCCAUUUAGCUGGAGGAACAUUAUGGGAAUUUUGAUUGCCUUGGUGGGCAUGAUUAUUUACUCCUACUACUGUACCCGAGAAGGUCAGAAGAAGGCUACUGAAGCGGCACCGUUAAAUCAGGUUAAGGGAGAUGAGUCUGAUCCUUUAGUAAAUCUGGAAAGUGGAGAGAAGGGGUCUACCUAAUCAGAAAUCUACAGAGGCGCCUCGAAACAACUUUGAAGGUUACGUGUUUGACGGAAUCGUCGUCUUUGUAUGCCAUUGAUGAGCACUAGGACAACUGCUUAUGUGAAGAUAAAUAGAGUUAGCUGGGAUUCUCAUAUAAUGCUAUCAUCAUCAACAGGUAUGGGCUGGUGAUAUAGGAGCUUUUCAGUAAUAGCUUGGCAGUUGUUAGUUGAGUUUGAAGAACUGCCCUUCAUUAUCACCAUUUUUGUCAUAUAAUUGUUUGGCAUGCUCAUAGAUAAUCAUUAGUCUUGUUCUUAAUAUAGUUCAAAAUGUCAUCAUAGAUUUUAUAAAUAUCAUCUUGAUAUAAAUUCAUAAUACCUUUCAGCUUUUUAA